AUGCAAAUUGUAAGAAUUGUUUCAAAAGGUUUUGUAGCAGUUAUUGUUGGAAUUGAUAUUGGAAGUUACAAUGAAGCAGAUGAAGAUGAUGAUUCUAUCAACUUUAACCGCAUUGAAGAUGAAGAUGAUGAUCCUAUCGGUUGCGACCGCAUUAAAGAUAAAGAUGAUGAUCAUCUAUGCGAUGAUGAUUGUCUCGAUGAAGAUGAUCCUCACAGCUGCAGUGACAUUGAAUACGAAGAUGAAGAUGAUCCUUUCGGCUGCGGCAACAUUGAAGAUGAAGGUAAAGAUGAUACUCUCGACUUCCUCCGUAUUGAAGAUGAAGAUGAAGAUGAUCCUCUUGGUUACGACAUCAUUGAAGACGGAAAUGAAGAUCAUGAUCCUUUCCGCUGUGGCAACAUUGAAGACGAAGAUAAAGAUGAUCCUCUCGACUGCGGUUAUAUUGAAGACGAAGAUGAAGACGAUCCUCUCGACUGCAACAAUGAAAAUCCUCUCGACAACGACGCAUUGAAGAUCAAUAUGAAGAUAAUUAAAGAUCCUAUCGGCAACAAUGCAUCAAAGAUAAGAUGA